CUGAAAGAUGAGAUAGCAGAAGUGACAAAUGAGAUUGAGAACCUGGGGUCCACGGAGGAGAGGAAAAACAUGCAGAGGAACAAGCAGGUGGCGAUGGGCAGGAAGAAGUUCAACAUGGAUCCCAAGAAGGGCAUCCAGUUCCUGAUCGAGAACGACCUGCUGAAGAACACAUGCGAGGAUAUUGCUCAGUUCCUUUACAAGGGAGAGGGCCUCAACAAGACAGCCAUCGGUGACUACCUGGGCGAGAGGCAGUUCCUGUGGAGCUUCCGGCUGCCUGGGGAGGCGCAGAAGAUUGACCGGAUGAUGGAGGCCUUCGCCCAGCGGUAUUGCCAGUGCAACCCUGGUGUCUUCCAGUCCACAGGUGAGCGCCUGCCCCGGCCCCUCUCCUCGAAUCUCUAUGAGAGCAUCAAGAAUGAACCCUUCAAAAUCCCCGAGGAUGACGGCAAUGACCUCACCCACACGUUCUUCAACCCCGACCGGGAGGGCUGGCUCCUGAAGCUCG